CCGGAAGUUUGUGGUUGCCUAGAAACCAGUUUGUAAACAUUCCAGGGGGGUUCCUCGUUAGUUAGCAGAGAAGCUAACUACAAAAAAAGUUACUAAUAUAUGUUUUUAGUCUGCUGAGCUUCGUGUUGUGAGUGAAUAUGUCCGGCCGGGAUCCUUUCCCUCCUACAAAGUUUGAAAACUGCUUCACUCUCGGCGGAUUCAGGCCUCAGCAGAGAAAAACAUAUGAUAAACCAACUCAUAUGUCCCAAAUGGAUGAACCCUGGAGUCGUCUCCAUGAUGCAGCCACUUUGGCCAGCUUCCGACGGAGUGUUAUUCAUUAUGAGCGUCAGGCUCCAAACGACAGCCUCGACUUCCAACUAAAGUCCGUCUACGAUCACCACAAGGACUUCUUCUGGAGAAAGAACCAGAUUUUAUACCAGAAGGAGACCGUCUCUGAGGACCCCAGGAAGCAGGACAUGCUGGAAAAGGAACAAGAGGACAUCAGAGUGUGGGUCGAUCCACAGAGGAUCUCCAUUCACAGCAUCAAGUGAAGCGCAGACACCAGGGGGCAUGAUGGCAGCUUCUAUAACGCUUCCAGUACUACCAUCUAACUGCCACCAAUAUGAGAGCUCUGUAAAUAAAGGGGUUGUUUCAGCAAA